AUGCAUGGGCCAACAGUCACUGUGGAAUUCCAAAGCAAUGGGGAUCUGUUCAAAGGGCAGGGAUUUCAAGCUUCCUAUGAAUUUGUCCAUCGAACUCAGGUGCAACCAUCGCCCUACCUUUCCACUGCUUCGCAAUUUGUGGAGGAAAGACAACAACGAGAUCAUUCCUACAUCAAUCCCUGGGCGGCUGAUGACAAUUCACCGCAAAUUGGACAGAGUGAA